AUGGGAGUGAAAGAUGCGAGCGACAAGAAGAUCCUAGUGGAUAUGCUGUUGUGGGCCGUAGACAACCCUGCGCCGGCGAACAUCAUGCUCAUCUCCGGUGACAGGGACUUCUCCAAUGCUCUUCACCAGCUAAGUAUGAGGAGGUACACCAUUCUUCUGGCUCAGCCUCCACGUGCCUCUGCGCCGCUUGUUGCUGCUGCCAAAUAUGUAUGGCUCUGGACUAGCCUAGCAUCUGGAGGUCCUCCUCUUACAAGUGUUGAAUCAUCUCGACUGCUCAACAAUGGGCGCUGUCAUGUCUCUAAUCCCGAAGUGUCAAAAGAUCCUGUUCCUGAACAAGUUCAGUCUUGCAAACCAACUGGUUCAACUUCUGACGCUGGAGAUACUAAGGAUCUCAAAACCAGAGAAAACCAGAGGGGAUCACCUCGUGAGACUAAAAUGCUUCAGAAUGGCAGAGGAGCCGCUAGUGAAUCUGUUGCUUCUUGUGAUAACUUCCAAAAGUUCACUUCACACCUCUCAGACAAAGGGAAUACAUCUCAGGGUGCUUUGGUAGCCAGUCGAAAAACUCAGGCCAACGUUUCAGCCAAACCGGUACAGGAAGCAGAGCUUUUGGAACCUGUGUUGUGCACUGUUUGCAAUAUUAUCUGCAGCAGCAAGGAUGCAUAUGCAAAGCACAAAUAUGGUAAAAGACACCGAAACAACUUGGAGCUGCAAUCAGUUAAGUCAGAGAACAUGUCACGGGGACCAGCUGCACUUCCUAAUCAGGUUCUGGAGAAACCGAAGAAUAUGAGGAAGUCGCGUGAGGGUAGGAGUAAACCAAAUGCUGACUUUGCUUGUCGUUUGUGCAACGUGACAUGCCAGGCUCAAACUGUCUUUGAUUCUCAUCUGAGGGGUCAAAGGCAUGCUUCCAUGCUGAGUCAAUCAGAGGCAAUGCUUGAUAUAUUACCGUUUGUUCAGGCCCUCAUUGAUUUUAAGAAGCUUGAAGAGAAAGGUGUCAGAGAAAAGGAUCAACCAAGAGAAGCAGUUGCAGAGCCUAAACCAAGUGGUGAUUUUGCUUGUCUUUUGUGCAAUGCACUCAUUGGUUCUAAGAAGCUUCAAGAGGAAUCUGUCGGAGAAAAGGAUAAACCAAGAGAAACAAUUGCAACACCUAAACCUAACGCUGACCACGCACUCAGUGAUUUAAAGAAGCUUCAAGAAAAAGGUGUAGGAGAAAAAGAUCAACCAAGGGAAACAGUAGCAGAGUCUCAGUUGCAGUCCCAAAAUGCGCAAAAGAAUACCAAGAAGUGCUUGGAGAUGCAUGUUGCCAUUGCGAAUCAGUCCGAGGCACUCAUUGAUUCUAAGAAGCUUCAAGAGGAAGGUGUUGGAGUAAAAGAUCAAGGAAGAGAAGCAAUUGCAGAGCCUCAGUUGCAGUCUCAAAACACUCAAGAGAAUCCAACGUUCUUCGAGAAGCAGAACAAAGAGUUAGGAGAGAUAUGUGGCACCUCAGAAAACAGUGUAAAAGAACCUUUUCCAAGUACUAAAGACAGGGUUGAGACUGUUAUCAAACAGCUUACAAGAGAAUGUUUUGAUGGCCUUUUCAAGCCUGUAAACCAGUCCAAUGGAGCAACUGAGCAUUCAGGUGAGGCGAAGAAGAAGCAAAAGGAGGAGAUGGUACGCCGAGCAAUAACAACUGCAACUAAGGCUGCCUCUGUAGCCAGUGAUGACGCUCAUUCUAGCGUUUCAACCAAUCUUGCGAAGGAACCAGAAAUUUUGCAGCUUGUGUGGUGCCAAGUAUGUCAGAUCAGCUGCUACGACAAGGUUGCAUUUGCAAAUCAUAUCUAUGGGAAAAAACACCGACAGAAGCUGGAAAUGCAUUCGGCUAAGUACGAAAACAUGUCUAAGGGACCAGCCACGCUUUGUAAGGAGAGUGUUGAGAAAACAAAGAAAGCAUUGUGCAAUAACCAAACCGCCUUUGAUUCUCAGUUGAAGAGUCAGAACCAGGUCGACAUGAAGGCACUUUUUGUUGAUUCAAGGAGAACUCGACAAGAAUUUGAGGCGCUUGUUGUCGAGUCGAGGAAAAUCCGAGAAGAGAGCGAUCGAGAAAAAGAAGCAGCAGAGGUGCACGCACUUGUAAAGAAGGAUGAUCAUGGGGCACAAGAAGACAAAGAGGAAGUGAAGGAGAUAAACGCCAUAACAGAGAACCUAGUGCGUGUCUUCACUGAACCGAAUCGAGAGUCUAAAAUACCCAAAGAAUCGAGAGGAUGUUUGGAUGUGAUUCCUGAGAGAGUACAAGUGCCACAAGAAGUGAAUGUGACAAAGAAGUUGGAAGAUGAGUCUAAGCAUACACCCGAACCCGAAAACGAACGUGCAGGACUUAAUGAGCAUCCCGGAGAAGCUGUCAAAACGGAAGAGAUGAAAGGCAAAGUGGAUAGCUUUUGGUCUCGCCUUUGGGGGAAAAAGAGUUAA